CUUCUUGGACCUCGCGGCCUCUCCGCUUUUUGACAAGAGCACCCUCCGCUUACAGGAAAUCAGAAGCCCCCACCUCCUCACGCUGCGCCACCGCCGUCGCCGCCAUGGCCGACCGCCUCGUCCUGCUCGUCCUCGUCGUCGCUUCCGUAUCCCUCACCGCAGCCUCCCCAGUCGCCGCCGCGCGUCCCUGCAGCACCCUCUUCAUCUCCUCCCACUCGGCCAACGCUAACCCCAGCAACGACCCCGACCACCGCUCCCCCCUUACCACGACGGUCGUCACCGUCUUCCGCGUCCGCCGCUUCGGCCGCCACUUCCUCCGCACCCAAGGCCAUGCGCAUCCCCACCUCAACCGCCACCACCACCACCUACACUCCAUCCCCGCCAACAUCCAGAUCCGCCGCCCCGAGCUCCCCGAGCUUCCCCGCUCCGCAGCCAACGCUGCGGCGAGCAUCCAGGAGCGCGUGAAGGACAUCCUCGUGGUAGUCGUCGGGAUCCUCUUCGGUCUCGGCUGCGGCGCGCUCACAGCUGCCUCCAUGUACCUUGUGUGGUCCGUAAUCGCCGGCCCCGGCGCGUCCUCCCACUACAACGAGCUCUACGGCGACGAGGCGUCCGACUCCGAGAGCCCCAAGAAGGUCGGCUAUGUCAUCAUCCCCGGCGUCGAGGCCUACGACGGUGGUAAGAACUAGAGUCUAGGGUUUCCCUUCCCCAGGAGGGGCAAGCUCCAUGACGGCAUGACAUGCCUAUGCGUUACUGCUUGUGUGUUGCGUAAUUCCAUAAAAUGUCUUUUUUUUUUUGAGGAUAUAAUCCGUAAAAUGUCUCUGUGAUGUGUAGUUGGGCGGUAGUAGGGUUGUGCCCUCCAUGUGAAUACGCUCUUGAUGCGCACUUAUGCUGUAAAAUGUGCUUUGUUUCCACUACUAGUAAUGAACUUAUGGAUCGCAUGUCCUGAAAUGUUAUGAGUCUUCUGAAA